GCGAGGGCGGUUGCCACGUCUGCUGGGCGGGCAGGGAGCGGGGCCAAGCACCGGGGCCGGCUGUCGCCGCCGCGGGGCUCGGAGGGAGCGGAGGGUGUGCGGCAUGGCGGGCCGGCGGCGGUGAGGCGGGAUCCGCGGGGCCCCGGCGGCGAUGGCGGCGGCGGCGGCGGUGCGGGCCGCCCUGCUGGGCGCGGCGCUGGGUUGCGCGGCCGCGGCGCUGAUCCCCGCGGCUGACGUGAAGGUGGAGGUGCUGCAGAAGCCGUUCCUCUGCCACAGGAGGACCAAGUGGGGGGACAUGAUGCUGGUCCACUACGAGGGCUACUUGGAGAGGGACGGCUCCAUGUUUCACUCCACUCACAAGCAUAACAAUGGUCAACCUAUGUGGUUUACGCUUGGCAUAAGGGAAGCUAUCAAAGGCUGGGACAAAGGUUUGAAGGACAUGUGUGUGGGAGAGAAGCGGAAGCUAACUAUUCCACCAGCCCUUGCUUAUGGAAAAGAAGGGAAAGGAAAAAUUCCACCUGAGAGCACACUGAUUUUCAACAUCGACCUUCUAGAAAUUAGGAAUGGACCAAGGUCUCAUGAGUCAUUCCAAGAGAUGGAUCUUAAUGAUGACUGGAAACUUUCCAAGCAAGAGGUGAAAAUUUACUUGAAGAAAGAAUUUGAAAAGCAUGGAGCAGUGGUAAAUGACACCCAGCAUGACGCUUUGGUUGAAGACAUAUUUGAUAAAGAAGAUGAAGACGGUGAUGGGUUUAUAUCUGCAAGGGAAUUUACGUACAAGCAUGAUGAGCUGUAGAAAAGGGUGGCAUAGGGUUGUUUUUUUUGACACAAAUGGCAGUGACUUAGACUGUCUGGUUCUCUUGUCUUAAGUCUGUGUUUUGGAGUUGACAGCUGCUGUUGGCAAAGAAACACUCUUUGUUUAUAUAACUUCUAUUCAUUGUGUACAAAUGUUUUAAGCUAUUUUAAAGUAUGAAAAUGUACUUCCUUUUAUGUAGCAAAGACUUGCACAUCAGUGUUUUUUAAACUUUGUAUUAACUUAUUUUUCAGAAAUGAAACAAACUUUCCAGUUAUCAAACAUUGUGAAAAUCAAAAUCCAGUUCAGUGACUUUUUGAUUUGUUUGUGUGUUAAGAUCACUUUCAGUGACUCCUGUAUGUAUAACUUCUAGUCUGUGGCUUAAUUUCUUGGCCUUCCUUCUUGCGUGUUGCUGCUUGAAAAGCAGUGUGCUGAUCUUGCUUUUUUUUCUGCUGAUUUAUAAAAGAUAUGCUAGAAAGCAUCAGCAUCUCUUUAUACAGCUGAGAAACUGAUACAAAGCUGAAUGAGAAGAGUGACUAUCCUGUGCUGAUUUUGCCCUUCUAAAGGGAGAGUGUUACCAACCAUGCCAAUAAUUGUCUGCAUUUUUCUUUAAAUUAUGUGAAUAAAGUAGGAGUUAAAUGUCA